AUAUGGUGAGGAAAAAGAACCCCCCUUUGAGAAGCUUUGGUGGUGAGGAGGAAGGCGAAGGAGAGGCUCUGGCCUCGGAGGCCACCGGUCCGGAUAGCGAGGACAGUGCUGGGAGCCAGGCCUCAGAGCCCAACGGUGCCGACGGGCUGUUGCCAGCCGAACCGGGCCGGGCCCACGUGCCAGUCCCAGACGAGCAGGAGGACCCGGGCUCCGUCUCAGGCUCCAUCAAAAGGGAUGGAGGAGGAGGGAGGGGGGGUGGAGGAGCAGGAACAGCGCCGACAGUCGGCAGCGACACUCCUGGCUUUAAUUACCCCAGCCACAAGAAGGGAGGAAAUGUAGCGUCCUUCCCCUGCCAUGAGGUGACAUACUCAGAUCUGCCGGCUUUCCCAUCCCGGGCCCAGCCCGAUGGGACUGUGUCUCUGUCUCCGCUCAGAUCAGAACCAGAUGAGGGGGGAGGGGGUCAGGCACACAGCCCGGCAGGGGAGCUGCUGCUGGGGGAGAGGGGGGAGGCCGGGGAGGGAGGAGGGGGAGAAAGGGUUGGUGUCAGGGAGGGUCUGCUGCUGCUGGGCGCCCAGGGGAGGAGCUACAGCAGUUCCAGCGGCGUCAUCGUCCAGGGCGUCACCCGUAACGGCGAGGACAGGGACCACUCCUACAGCCCCACAGGGGGUCUCUCAGGCCACCAGGACGGGGUGGAUGGCUCUGGAUACCCCUUGCUACGCCCCCUCCACCUACACAGGGGAGUAGGCGAGGGGGCCGAAGACACCAUGCCCAGUCCCCUGGGGGCCGAGACAGGGGUACCCGCUCCCUCCUCUCCCAAACUGCAGGACUUCAAGUGCAACAUCUGUGGGUAUGGUUACUACGGGAACGACCCUACAGACCUGAUCAAACACUUCCGGAAGUACCACCUGGGCCUGCACAACCGCACGCGGCAGGACGCAGAGCUGGACAGUAAGAUACUGGCCCUGCACAACAUGGUGGGCUUCUCCCCACAGAGCCUCCACGCCAAAGACGCUACACGGCCCCCAUCCCACGCCGCCCUGACCGGGGCGCUACAGGAUGCUACAGGGUCCACACGGUUGUUACUCAAUGGCACCUACGACGUACAGGUAAAUAUGCUGUGCACACCAUUUUCUAUCAAUUCUUUGUGUAAUUCAACAGUGCGUAGGUUAGUGGGUAUGUGUUGGUCUUAUAUAACCAAAGAAUUUCCAAGUACCAGAACGCCCGUCAGUAGUACUGUAUAAUGGUAGAGUCCCUGCCCGACUAGAUGCCCAGGCGUUGCAUUGCAUCAACCAAUUGUUACCUGACACAUCAUCGACUGUGCAGUCGGGAAUCAGAUUGCUAUAUCAUUUGAUGUGGUUUGCUGAUAUGUUAAAUAUUUAUCCAUGCGUUGUAAGAUCUGGCAUGUGUCUGCAAUGUAGUCGGAGAGGAACUCGACCAUUCUCUGCAUUGAGACCCAGGCCAGCCGGGGUAUGAGACUUGUCUCUUAGUGGGACACUUGAGUCAUCAGAGUGACUGGCCACCCACGGAGAGAGGCCUCAUGGGAACUGUAGUCUGUUUUAUCACUGUCAUAAAUACAUCUCAACCUGAAACAUUACAUUCAUGGACUGCGGUUUAGCCAUUACUUUAAAGCUGCAAUAUGUAACCUUUUGGCCACCCGACCAAAAUCACAUAGAAAGGUGAGUUAUAGAUCUGUCAUUCUCAUUGAAAGCAAGUCUAACAAGUGGUAGAUCUGUUCUAUGUGCGCUAUUUCUAUGCUUCCCGUUCUUUAGUUUUUGUUACUUUUGGUUUUGUACACCAGCUUCAAACAGCUGAAAAUAUAAUAUUUUGGGUUAUUGAAAAUAUAUUUCACUGCGGUUGUUUUGUCACAUAAACUGAAAUUAGGCAAACUAUUUGAUUUUUAGCAAGCAGGAAAUGGCACAGGGAUUUCUGCAUAUUGCACCUUUAAUGUCCAUGAAAAUAAUGCUUUUAUGACCCUCCAUUUUGUAAUAGUGCAUGGUGUGCAGUCUGAACUAAUGCUUUUUGAUGGAGGGAGAAAAAAUUGCUCUGUUACUCACUGUUUUUAAUUGAGCUAAUUUGUAAAAGGAUUGAUCAGAAAUUAUUUAUUGAAAACAUAAAUCUGGUUGUUGGCUUUAGGAUAGAUUAUUCCUAUAACUCUGAUUUAUUAAAUUGAUGAUGCAUAUCCUUUCAAAAUAUAGCUUAUUUGUGAUAGUUAUUCAUUAUUUUGAAAGCUUCCCUCACAAGCCUGCAAGACAUUUGUAAAGUGGCACAACCAUUUAGCGAUUUCCUUGUGUACAGAAAUAAAAGUUUAUGGUAUUAAGGGAAGAGUUUGAAUGCCUGCCAAACAUAUAUUGCACACAUGGACCAUACAGUACUCGCACUGUCUGGGAGUUUUUAACAUAUAAUCUAAUAUCUCCAAAAGAAAAGAGCCAUAUGUGACUCGGCGCUAUUACCAACCUCUAGUUCGAAAGAAAUUUGAUAUGUCUCACUAUCCAUAUCAAUUGGAUGUCACCGGGUUCGAAUAUUUCAUUAUGAAUAAAAAAAAUAAGAAAAGUAGAAUCAAAAACACUAUUCUGUAUUCAUCCCCUAGUGGAAUUUUCCAUGCAGUAAUAGCGAAGGCUGCUCAUUUGUCAUUACCCAAUGAAAAGGGGGGAAAGAGUGUAGGGAAGGGAGAGGGAGCCAGUGAAAACAGGCAACUCGAUUUAUUUUAAACGAGGGGUAAUGAACAGAUGUCAGAGCCAUUUAUCUGCACAGCUUUCGCUGCAUGUGGUUUCUCCCUCCACUUCAACAAUGUCAUGUUUACAAUUCGAGUGGGGUAUUUAACUCCAGUGUUCUUUUAAAAAGUAGGUGCCUUUGGCCCGGGGUCUGGGUCUCUUAAUGCCAUAUCAUACAGCAGGAAGGGUUAUUUGUCCUUUUAGCCCACCAAGGAUUGUAAUUACCUCCUAAUUUAGUUUUCCUCCUUAAAAAGGUCUGCCCGUUUCGGCCGGCCCACUAAGGGCUGAUGUGUUGAUGUGGCUGUCACCUUUUUUACUUUCUCUCUAAUGCUCAUAUUGUGUGUGUGUGUGUGUGUGUGUGAAAUUCCACAAAAUGACUGACUUGUCUAUCAUGUUUUUGUGUGUGAGUUGGCAUGCGCUUCUGUCUGUGUGUGUGAGGGGAGUGAGGACGUGUGUAUAUGUGUCUGUGGGAGAACAUAUUCUGGUGAAUGCCUGACUUGUGUGGUGUGUCUAAUACAGACUUUUUGCAUAUUGUUAUUUUUGGGAUAGUUUUGAGUUCCCCAGGAAUUCACACCCUUACUGCUCCACACCCAAGUGAACAUUAUGGAUGGGCAUUUAUUUUUAGUCCACUGCACAUGUUCAUACAUGUUCACUCUGCGAGAGCCUGUGGAUAGGACUUAAAGCUGCAAUAUGUAACUUUUUGGGCGACCCAACCAAAUUCACAUAGAAAUGGGACUUAUAGAUCUGUCAAGUCUCAUGAAAGCAAGUGCGGUAUUUCUAUGCUUCCCGUUCUUAAGUUUCGUUUUUGCAUCUUUAACUUCCGACUUCAAACAGCUGAAAAUACAAGAUAUUACACAGCGGUUUAGAUGGUACAAUGAUUGUCUACAGUAUACUUGCUUGUUUUGUCACAUAAACUGAAAAUAGACCAACUAUUUGAACUGUAGCAACCAGGAAAUGGUGGAGCGAUUUCUGCAUUGUGCAUCGUUAAGCAUUUUUAAAUAGAUAUCAUAAUCUUGUGACGUUGCUGUGGUCUUAUGGCACUUUGCAGUCUCUGGACUCCGGAGACAUUGGAGAGACACAGUAAUACUUUUACACACUGAUCUCAGAGCAGAUACAGAUGUAGGAUCUUUAUUUGAACCAGUUUCUACUGCAGGAACAUAAUCCUGCAGCAACAGGAAAUGCAAAUUAUUAUGUGGAUUGUAAUUAAUGGAUGGAGUUGUUGAUACAUUUUUCAUUAGAACAAAUCAAGUCUGACAUUUUAAAGUCGAAAUUACAAACUUUAGAUGCCUUUUUAAACCUCGAAUACACUACAUGUUUGCAAAUUAAUCUGUACUGCAUUAAGAAGGCAGGGAAAACCAGACUUCAUAGUAGCAAGAUUACAACGAACAAGGUGCAUUCAAUUAUGUCAACUAUGACAAUAAUCCCUCGCGUAACACAAGCCCCAUCUUUUCCCACCUAAAAUCCCCAGACUUGAUUAAACUACACAAAAAUUAAAAUACAUUUCAUUCCAUAGUAGAAAUGUUCUGGUAUUUAUUUUAUUGCUCAUAUUUCAGAGGACGUUUCACUUGACUGACUGGAGCGGUCAUAUAAUAAAUGGUGUAUGUAGCUAGUCUCUUCAGGCAGUUUUAGGAGCGACCGACUCUGUUUCAGUCAUUACAUAUCGUCUAGAAAGUGACGUCAGGCUGCUUUAAACCACAUGAGGAUCAAGACCUCCCACUUACAAACACUGGAUAGCCUACCAAUUAUAAAACCUCUCUGGCUCCGGGAUAUUUCACACAGCAGCCCUUAUGUUUUCGAUUUGAGACGUUUUGUUGCAGACUUCGAGGUCAAGGUGUGUAGGAUGUUGAAAUUCAGGGAACAUGUUUGACUGCAAGGUUGGUUUGGUUUGUUGCGUUUACUAGACAACAACCUUGACGGUUGAUCCCUGUGAGGCACUCUCGAUGUUCACGCCUGCACAACCAUUUUCAUGCUUUUUGGAAAUAGGGGGUGGAUUUGUUGUGUAUAAGUAUGGAACAGGUGUUUCUUUAAUAGUAUUCUGAGAUAAACCCCUUUGUUCUACCAUAUAGCUUGUGGUUGGCUGCAUUGUCAACUUGAUCAUCAAAACAAUCUCAGUUUGCUAUUUCCCUUGUUGAAUAACACGAGGGAAUCCAUUUGUAAUAAAGUCUAAUAGACUGCAUUGUUAUACAGUGUGUAUUACCAUAUAAAUCAGCUGCAUUUAUCGCAAGUGUUCAAGUUCUAUAGACUUCACAUCUCCUCUAUCUGCUCAAUUCAAUUCAUCUUCACUUUAUCAAUGAAUCGCUGGUCAUGGAAUUGUGAAAUCUGAUAAACCAUUCUAAACUGAGCUCACCUCUGUGUGUGUAUAUAUAGAUAAUAAGCUGUUCUCUUCAUUCCUGGUAUCAGGGUCUUAUUGUGUAACCUAUGUCUUUCUGUGCUGUUUCUGGCUGGGUGUUGCCAGGAUGGCUUUUCCCCAGUGCCUGUGUGUGGGACUGACUGACUGACUGACUGACAUAUUGCACUGUUUGUAUGUAUUGCUCUGUGUUCACUUUUUUAUAUAUUUUUUAUUUUCACACACACAAAAAAAAGAUGAGUUAAAAUACAAAUUAAAAGUGCAUGGGGCUUGUAAAGCACCUUCCUCUUUCAAAUAUUUAUCAAAAAAUAAAGAGUAGGAUUGUGAUAAAAAUUAAAUUAAAUAGUUGCAAAUAAUACUAAGGAAAAUAAAAGAUUCAAGUAAAUCAGGGGAAGAUAAAAUACAUUAAAGUGAAAUGCAUAAUCAACAUGAGUUACAGAAACGUUUCUUCCUCUUCGUCAUUGUGUUCCAGGUGACGCUGGGAGGCACCUUCAUUGGUAUCGGGAGGAAGACUCCGGACUGUCAGGGAAACACCAAGUACUUCCGCUGCAAGUUCUGUAACUUCACUUACAUGGGCAGCUCCUCCUUGGAGCUGGAGCAACACUUCCUGUCUGCCCACCCGAACAAGAUGAAGUCCCACCCCCCGCCGCUGCCCAACGACGACAAGCGCUCGGACAGGAGGGGGAACUGUGUGACACGGGGCGGUGGCGUGGAGGGGGCGGAACCAGGAAAGUGGGUGGACCGGGUGGCGGUCCGUGCAGAGGACGACUCGGUGGCUGGCUACUCCGUUCCCAUCCGCGCCACCGACUCCCCUGGCUGGACGGGGGCCGAUGGCGGGGCCACAGCGGUGGCCUAUUACUGGUGUAAGUACUGCAGCUUCAGCUGUGAGUCGCCCAGCUCACAACGCCUCCUUGAGCACUACGAGAAGAGACACAACCAGCCUGGAGGAGGAGGAGGAGGAGGAGGAGGAGGGACCAGGGAGGGCAGCCCAGCCGAGAGGGAACGAGGGAGCAGCAAGGCCAGGGACAGAGAGAGAGACCCAGAUCGAGACCUGACCCCCCACAGCCGGAGGAAAGAAAAGACAGGAACGGGUGGCACGACGGGGGCAACAGACCCAGAGACGGUGGUGACAAGCUACAACUGCCAGUUCUGUGACUUCCGCUACUCCAUGAACCACGGGCCCGAGGUAAUCGUGGUGGCGCCUCUGCUCCGCCACUACCAGCAGGCCCACAGCAUCCAUAAGUGCACCAUCAAGCACUGUCCAUUCUGCCCGCGCGGCCUCUGCAGCCCCGAGAAGCACCUGGGGGAGAUUUCCUACCCGUUCGCCUGCAGGAAGAGUACCUGCUCCCACUGUGCCCGCCUCCUCCUCCAGCUGUCUCCCCAGGGCAGCUCCCCGUCCCCCAGGCCCAGCGUCACCCACCUGUGUGACCAGUGUCCCUACGCUACCAGCGACAUCGACCUGCUCCUGCUGCACUACGACAGCGCCCAUGCCACCCACGGCGUGCUGGAGGUCAAGCCCGAGGAGGAGGGCGCAGAGUCGGGGAGGAUCUUGGCCCCCAAGGGCCCUCACGGGGAGCACUCGUGCACCAAGUGCCAUUUCAUCACAGAUGUGGAGGAGGAUAUCUUCCGUCACUACAGGUGAGUAGUGGGGAGUUGAGUUGAGUUUAUUUGCAAACAGGUUGCUCACGUUGUAGUUAGUCGACCAGUCAAUUAGUUAAGGUUUGGUUCAGCUUCACAUUGAAAACCUGAUUUUCAUUGGUAAAAAUGUUAGUUCAGUGUGGUAUCAUGCAUCAUGGCUCAGUGUUCAAGUCCAGCUAGUGUAAGCAUUGUUGACAUUGUUCUUAAUUCAACUUUGGGUUAUGAGAUUAUCUGUUGUUGUGACGUUGAAGUAAAUGCAGUUUAGCUCAUAAUGAGCAGCAGCUUUGCGCUGACACACACAGUACAUGUAGUUAAUCAACUUUAGGGAAUCGAUAGUGAAAUGUUAAAAGUCAGGUAAUUCAAUAACCCCUUUUGUGGGUUUAGAUUUAGUCUUGCCUUUGCCAAGUGUGUGUGUGUGUGUAUUUAUGUGUGAGUGCCUGCCUGUGUGCGUGUGUAUCGGGGGUGAGGGGUUAUGGAAAAUACUCUGCAACAGAACCAUAUAAUAGAUAACUGAGCCACUGAAAUCACUCUAUUACCUUCUGUUAUACCUCCACAUAAGAUAUCAAUUACAGAGCAUUUUUCCUUUUCAGCUCAGCGGCCUGUUUAGAUUUGGCUGUUUCGGAAUGUAUUGAUAGAAGUGAGUCUUGUGCAGAAGCUCGAUCCAUAUGUCUGCUUAAAGCCUUUACAGACGCAGUGCCAGAGCGCUAAGAAAUCAAUUAUGGUAAAUCUAAUAGAAGUGCAAUGCAGGAAAUGUAAAACUUGUAUUUGAGGUUUAAAAAGGCUUCUGAUGUUUGUAAUUUCCACUUUGAAAUUACAGACUUGAUUUUCCCUUACAAAAAAUGUAUCAACCCCUACAAAAAUUUCCAUGAAUUCUAAUCCACAUAAUAAUUCACAUUUCCUGUUGAUCACUUGUUGGAGGCUUAAUUUCUGCAAUGCUUAUAAAAUGCUCACCGCUUUAGGCAAAGUCUUAAAGGUUGAGACAAAGCAGCUAAAAUGGCUACCCUUAGUGUGUGAGAAAAAGGGGUAUUGAGUGUGUGUGUGUGUGUGUGAUGUCCAUCAUGAUCCGUAGAACCUGGCAGGUUUGUUCAGGUGGGCUCGGAGGGGCUCUGUUUCCAGACCCUGACGUUGCUGUGUGUGUCUGUGUGUGUGUGUGUGUGUGUGUGUGUGUGCUGAAUAAGGUGCUUUUUGUAUUCAGGCCUCAUAGCCCUAAUGCAUAGAGGAGAGAGCAGAAAUCAGACGUGCUUCUGCUGGGGUUCCCAGGAGAUACCCUGCCUCAGACACUGUGUGUGUGUGUGUUUGUGUGUGUGCAUGUGUGCAUGUCAUAGGAGGCUGGUGGGAGGAGCUAUAGUAGGACCGGCUGAUUGUAAUGACUGGAAUGGAAUCAUGGAACAGACUCAAACGUGGUUCCCAUAUGUUUGAUGUGUUUGAUACCGUUCCAUUAAUGCCAUUCCAGCCAUUACAAUUAGUCCAUCCUUUUAUAGCUCCUCCCACCAGCCUCUGCUGUUUGUAUUGGUCUUUGUGCAUAUUACACUCUGUUCCAUUCAACUACAAUACAUACCUGGAUAUGUGUGUGUUGUGGUGACUACAGUCUGUGGUGUGUCUCUGUGAGUUAGCAUGUCGUACAUGAUGUCUGUUGUACAGGGAGAGUAAAGCUUACCAUAUGCCUCCCAAUCGAAACAGUUUGCGCAUAUAUUAUGCUGACAUUUUGUGAUGUUUUUGUUAGUUUUGGUCUUCGGCAGGUUUUUUCCGGCUGUUCGUGCACACACAUUUUUUUCUUGAGGCACGUUGAAGUUCUGUAGCUGAACUCUACGUCCCUUGGUUGGUACAACUCCUUCAUUCUUCAAUGAAGUGCUUGUUUUCAUUCAAUGAGAAACAACUAGUUUUUUAUGAACAUUUUUUCACUUGAGAAAUACUACACCAAACAUCUUAGUUAGAUGUAAAAUUGCACGACUAAGACCUCCUCGGAAAAAAACGUUAAAAUUAAUGACAGAUUUCUUGAUUUAUCUUAGGAUAAUUUGGACUAUUUUGAGGAAGUGUUUCUGGCUAUGUUGCUACGGUGGCUCAAGAGGGACAAACAACAAUAAUAUUGACACUUUUUUUCAUGCUUCCAAGCGAAGGUCUUUUAAGGAGUAUGAGAGCACAGAUGGUGCUUUGCCUAGCCGAGUUCGCUAGGAGCAAACCAAACCUAUGUAUGCAGACGCCUUAAUGGUCUGUACUGGUCUGGAUCUGUGCUGUAGAUUUAUGUUCUGGUCACCUCCUCACUCACCUCCAGACCCCACCCACCCUGCAGCCUGGACGUGAACACCAUACUAAUGCUGAGCCAUCGUACACACACACACAUAAACACACACAUGCACAUGCACACACAUUAGCAAACACACACACACACACACACACACACACACACACACAUACAGCCUACCCAACCUGUCUGAGGCCAUCCCUAUAAAUCAACCUCCAGUGAGAGCAGAGCAGAGGGGGGAAACAUUCUCUAUCAGGAACAAUGAAGAGAUGAAGAGGUGUAUCACAAUGUAAUAUUGAGCAGCACAGAGCACACACACACGUUACAUUUUCUGUCAGCCUUUAGGCCUUACAAUAUUUACAGAGCAUCGUUACCCUGCACAGCUCAGGUAUGAAAGACUUCCACUGUAACAUGUUUUACCCCCUGCCUCUCCUUCUCAGCCCCCCGAGCCUCUCCAGCUCAGCCCCCCCCCCUGCCUCUCCAGCUCAGUCCCCCCCCUGCCUCUCCAGCUCAGCCCCCCAGCCUCUCCAGCUCAGCCCCCCCCCCCCCAGCCCCUCCAGCUCAGCCCCCCCUGCCUCUCCAGCUCAGCCCCCCCCAGCCUCUCCAGCUCAGCCCCCCCCAGCCUCUCCAGCUCAGCCCCCCAGUCUCUCCAGCUCAGUCCCCCCCUGCCUCUCCAGCUCAGCCCCCCCCAGCCUCUCCAGCUCAGCCCCCCAGCCUAUCCAGUUCAGUCCCCCCCCCCAGCCUCUCCAGCUCAGCCCCCCCUGCCUCUCCAGCUCAGCCCCCCCAGCCUCUCCAGCUCAGCCCCCCCAGCCUCUCCUGCUCAGCCCCCCAGCCUAUCCAGUUCAGUCCCCCCCCAGCCUCUCCAGCUCAGUCCCCCCACAGCCUCUCCAGCUCAGCCCCCCCCAUCCUCUCCAGCUCAGUCCCCCUCCAGUCUCUCCAGCUCAGUCCCCCCCCCAGCCUCUCCAGCUCAGUCCCCCCACAGCCUCUCCAGCUCAGCCCCCCCAUCCUCUCCAGCUCAGUCCCCCCCCCCAGUCUCUCCAGCUCAGUCCCCCUCCAGCCUCUCCAGCUCAGCCCCCCCUGUCCCGGAUUAUCAGUCUCCUCUCUCUGCAUCCUGCCUAGUGUACCUGUACAAGGGGAGGAAAACCCUUCCAGCUCCCUCCUUCUCCCCCUCCUCCUCUUCCUCAGGGAGAGGUGUACGGAGCAAACCAGCUACCAGUCGUGCUGGGCCAGAGUUUCCAUUUCCUCAGUGAUGUCAGGGUAUCUGUCCGUCACGAUGGUGUGAUUCAGUCCAGUUCGCCCCACAGCUCUGCAUCUGCCGACCGGCCCUCG